AUGCCAAUGGUCAUGUGACAGCUCUGCUUUCCUCUCUCGCUCUCUCGACACAGCAAAACCGCCGGCUUUUACCCACAGAAAUUCCAAUCAAGGUAUUUUCCAGAGCAGGGGAGUUGGAACCAGGCCAGCAAGCAGGAACAGGGUGACAGCCAAGAUUCUUGAGUGUCCUGAGCUUGGAAUACAGUUUGGAGAGGAACACAUGGCUUCAUGGUUGGACCCUGACCUGAGAGACCAGGGUUCGAAUCCCCAACCAGCUGUUAAGCUCACUGGGUGACCUUGGGCCAGUCACUGCCUCACACUGCCUUAAAUAACCUUCCUCACAGGGUUGUUGUGAAGAUAAAAAUGGAGAGGGGGGAACUAUGUAUGCCUCCUUGAGCUCCUUGGAGGAAAGUUCCUGAAACCGGUCCAGUAUGGACAUUGGACAUUAUCUGCAGAGGAUCGGGUACCGGGGCCCCACCCAGCCUUCCCUGGAGACCUUGUGCCAUCUCCACCGUUGCCACCUCCUCUCUGUGCCCUUUGAGAGCCUCGGCAUCCAUUGCAAGGAGCUCAUUGUCCUGGACUUGCCCCUUCUCUACGACAAGAUCAUCCGGCGCCAUCGGGGAGGCUUCUGUUUCGAGCUGAACGGCCUUUUCCUGUGGCUACUGCAGGUGUUAGGAUUUGAUGCCAAAGCUGUGGCUGGGCGUGUCCGGAACCGUUUCACGGGGCGUUAUGGUCCCCCGUUGGACCACAUGGUGAUUUUGGUGCAGCUGGAUGGGCAACGGCUGCUCUGCGACGUUGGCUUUGGUGAAGGUUUUUUGGAGCCGUUAGAAUUGAAACUCGCAACGGAGCAAGUCCAGGAAGGGGGUAUUUUUUGGCUGGACCUGACAGGGGAAAUCUGGGUGCUGGAGCGCCGGGAAAUCUCUGGGAGGGAGGGGAGACCCUUAUAUCAAUUCACCCUAGAGGAGAAGAAACUGGGCGAUUUCACCAGCAUGUGCCUCUACCACCAGACUUCACCCAGUUCCAUCUUCACGUGCAAAUCUUUCUGCUCCCUGCACAAAGAAAAUGGCGGGCGCCUCACUUACAUGGGUUGGCGUCUCAUUUCCACAAAGGGAGAGAAGCGUACAGAGACUGCCCUGCAGACCUCUGAGAUCCCAGCAGUACUCCACGAGAAAUUCGGGAUCAAACUGGGCGGGGACUUUGAGCCAAAGGAUGAAGAAAUUCUGCCACCUCUUGAGGAAGAGUAACGUGGGAUGAGGGAAACUACUCCCCAAAUUUGAUAGUUUAGAAGCUGGUUCAUGUAUAACUUCUCACAAUGCAGCUCCUAGCCAUUAGCUGAAGUGCUGUGAUGUCAUGGAACUAUUGCAAAUAUUCUAACCUCUGAAGGGAAGGGAAGUACUUCAGGAGGUCCAGUCCCGCAUCAGUUGGAUGGGCUAGCGACUGCUUUGGCUGCUCAUACAUGGGCCAGCCCAUUGUUUCUGAUAAAUUUUCCCCACCCCCAGUAAAAGAAGAGUACUUCCCCCAAAUUUUCAUUACCAACUGACUGUCCAUGCCUUAUUUUGCAACAGGCAACACUCAGCGCUCAGAGGCGACUGCUACAGACAGGAGAGGAAUGUUUUUUGUUUAACUAGGUUAUCUUCAAAUGCUCCUCUCUCAUAUCCUGUCCACCUUUAAGAGCUGCAGCAAAAGGCCGGACCAAGCCACUCAGUGGCACCAGCUGUGACAACUAGGCCAGCAUUAUAGCACUAUAGAAAAACUGUAGAGUAGGCAUGUAUGGAAGAAUUAUGAAUCUAUCAAUAGCCUUGGUACUGAAAUUUGUGGCACUGAAGGAUUGGGGUAUACGAACACCAGGAUCAGGGGAAAGGCCAGCAGCCUGAAGGAGAACCUAGCCCUGCCUUGAAAAAUUACAAGGAACUUGAGACUAAGACCCUGUGUCUGAGUUAUUUCCUCCCCAAUCAAUUUUCCUUUUGAAUCAUGUCUCUUUAGUUUGUCUGUUUUUAGUGAUUUAUUUAUAAGCAGCUCUAAGAGCCUUUUCUUUUAACUGAAAAAUAGGGGGGAAUUAAAUAAAUAAAAUAACACACUAAAAAGAAAACACAAGUGAAGGAUUUGUGACGUUUGCAGUGGGGAUUUUUGGAUGUUGAUCCAACCUAUUCUGGGAGGGAGGGGAGACCCUUAUAUCAAUUCACCCUAGAGGAGAAGAAACUGGACGAUUUCACCAGCAUGUGCCUCUACCACCAGACUUCACCCAGUUCCAUCUUCACGUGCAAAUCUUUCUGCUCCCUGCACAAAGAAAAUGGCGGGCGCCUCACUUACAUGGGUUGGCGUCUCAUUUCCACAAAGGGAGAGAAGCGUACAGAGACUGCCCUGCAGACCUCUGAGAUCCCAGCAGUACUCCACGAGAAAUUCGGGAUCAAACUGGGCGGGGACUUUGAACCUCCCUCCUGCACAACAAACCCUCAAACACCAUUACUUAAGUUCAUGCAGAAUAUUUUUACUCCUUAGUGACGUAAUCUGGUAGACCUGUUAUGAACAGCCUCUCUCAAGGCUCUAAAAUUAGGGACUUGAACAGGAGCUGGUAUAUGUGUUAUAAAUAUGGUGGAGAAAUUAGACUCGUUUCACAUUUAAAGGCGAAUCUACCUAAUUUGCACUCCCUGAAACAAUUGGGACUUCUCUGCAUUUUAGAAUGCAAUUCUCAAUUUACUAAUGUGUA